CUCUGUGAUGCAGGCCUGCCCACUUACAGUGAGCCCACAAACCUCAGAUCUCAGCUGCCUCAGGCAGCCCCUGAGAUUCACACUAUGAAGAAGGUUCUCUCCAUUCUCAAUAGCUCCAUUCUCAAUAGCUCCAUUCUGACUAACGUUACAGAAUCAUGGUUGAGUUUCAGCUCGGUCUUCGUGGACCUUUACCCCAAAUGCAUCAUUCUGAGUGUAGUAGGGCUGCUGUUUUUGUCCCUAAGGUACCUGAUACUGAAACCCUUCUUACCCACACAGACCAGCCAAGGAACCAGGAAGCAACAGGGCAGAGCUAAGAGGGAAAGGAGAACAUCAUUUAAAGACUACAGUAGCGCAGGUGCUUCCCUUAGAAGAGAUGGGAUGCCCACCUCUCUUGUCUUUCAUUCCAAACAACCUACACACCCCUGUCUUCCAGAAUUCAGAAGCUUCCAUGGAGAAGCGCAGGAGCGGAGGAAGCUGCAGUCCAUUGUGCAAAGCCCCUGUGGACGGCUCUAUGACCCCUCCUACUUCCGUCGAGUGCUUUGUCAUGAUCCCUGCUGUGAUGUGUGCAAUGGAGCCACGGUGAAGGUCAGGCGACUGCUCUCAUGGGCCAGCCUAGAAGACUGCUCUGCCUCUGCAUCCAGCAUGGCUUCCACAGCUUCCGUGACUGAGAACUCAUUCAGUCUCUCUUCUUCCCUCUCCCCGAGCCCUUCAGGAUAUCAGUUCUCAUCUUUUUCACUUGUGCCUCCUCCCCCUCCCCCCUCCAUUCUCUCAACUAACAAGCUCGCCUCCUUGGAAGACAUUCUUUUGGGCACACCACAAGGUGACCCUCUGCCAUCAGAGUCCAUUCUCACAAGCACUAGCUUCCCACUGCAUCACCUCCUACCUCACCCAGUUCCCACAUCUCCUUCAGAAGCACAGCUUCCCACUCGGCCAACAGAAGGGCCUUUAAGACCAGAAAACAUUCUGUCCUUGGCUGGCAGCCAUGGUGACCGGUUUCUCCAUGCAACAACGAGUAAGGAUGCUUGUGAUGACUUGCCAGAGUCCUACCAGCAGCAGAAUGGUGCUCAGAACUCCUGCCCAUCCCAGCUGAAAUGCUUAGUUAACGCAGAGAUACCCAACCACCACUCUUCGGAAGACUUCUGGCAGGGACAAGCCUCACCCCAUUUCACAGUGCCUGAAAACCUCCUGAAAAUACUUGAGAGGCAAGAGGACAGUCAGGCUGACGUUCCGACACUGAAGGACGGGAAGAGAGAAGCAAAACCUUUCCAAAAGGAACUUGCAGUUUGGGAGAAAAAAACAGAGCCAACUGCUGCUCUACAGAACUCGAGAGACCCCUUUCCCCUAGGGAGCACCAGAGCCCUACUCAGCAAGCUGAAUUCUCAGCCGGGGCUUGUUCAAGUGCAGACCCCCAGAGGCCAGUUGUUAGAGGCCAUGCCCACGCAGCACUUCUGGGGCCUCCCUUAUCUCCACAGCGAGUCCAUGAGCUGCAUCACUACCCUGUCAUCUCACUGCUCCUCCAUGUGCAUCUGGUUCAACAGAACCACAGACUCCCCAGCCCUGGCUCCCCCCUCACCUCUGCCCUUGCCUGAAAGAAAACCACAGACUCCAUCUCAGUCCCAGAGUACCCAGCUUGCCACACCCCAGGCUCAGCUUCAAACAGUCCCAGAGCCAUCACCUUCCUCUCAAUCUCAGGUUAGAGUCUGCGGUGUGUAUUUUCGCAGAUCCCAGGAGACAAAAACUCUAUUACAAUCGGAAAUCCACCAUCUGGAGUACAAUGUGAUGGCAAAGGAACCAGACAGGGAGUGGGCUUUACCUGCUGUGGUCCAAAAACCUCAGGGAGAAAUUUGUCUCCCUCCUUCCAAGCUCUCCUUGGCCAUACAGUCCUCCAAGAUCCAACCUCCCAGGUCAGUUUCUCCUAAAGACUUCCCCCUGACUGAUGGGUUCCAGAAGAAGUUCGAGCAGCACCUUCGAAAGAGGCUCAUCCUACAGCGCUGGGGCCUGCCUCAGGGGAUCUAUAAGUCUCAGCUGUGGUGGAGUCCUGACCCUUCAGAAUCAUCUAUGAGCAGCUCUGGGCUCUCUGGCUUUAAGCACAAAGACAACAAAGGCCCUCCCAACACCGUGUCGAGCCAAUCUGGAAGUCCCCAAGAGAGGUCUAUCUCUAUAGAGAAAAAAACAGUAAAGGCACAAGAUCAGACUCUAAAGAUUAUCCAAAAAUAUCUCUGCAGUAACUCCAAGACUGCUUUAGACAACGCCCUGCCGUCUGACCAGGAGAUAAACCUACAGGACAGCUCAGGCAGUCUGUCAGACAAACCUUCAGGGACCUCACAGGUGAGCCAAUGUCGGAAGAAAUUUGAAACUGACACGAAUUUGAAAAACCACAUCGAUGAAACCAACAAAGAUCAGGUCCCUGCCACUAUAUCUAUAUCAGGGCAUCGUCCUCUUCAUUUUAACUCAUGUGUGGGUAAGAAAGAAAACAAGGCUGAGAGACAGCCACCUUCUGAUAACAAGGAUGAGCACACCAAGAGAAUUCCAGUGUCUGGCGUGCAGCAGACACCUGCUGUCUUAGACACCACCAUCCUGAAGGAGUCGGAGGCCAAAAAACCCAGCCCUGAUGUGCCCAAAAUGUCGGCUAGGACUGGCCCUGUGCCAGUGGGUAAGAGCAUAAGUUGUAGUAAAAUAGUCCUGGGGCUUCAAGGAAAAAAGAUGGAUGACAAACACAUAUUUGUAUCCAACAAAGUCAGUAACAUAGUCAAAGAGCAGCUCGGUGGCCUUCAACCACAACCUACCAAGUUCUGGAAUGCCAGUCAGCACAAGAGUGCCAAAGAGGCAGAUGGGGAGACACCAAAAGCACAAAGUACCCUGUUAGCUGGAAGGGCCCCGGAAGGAAAAUCAGAUCCCCAGGACGUUAGUUGUCAGGUGUCCACGGAAGAGAAAUUUGAAUCAGAAAGCAGUCAGCCCAUCCAAGCUCUAGAACCCCCAAAAGAUGCGCUGCUUGUCCCGGAUAAACUCACUCACAAGCCUUUAGCCGUUUAUGACCAGAGCCCUUCCAGGGCUCCUAAGAGCUCCGCUCAGGUGGAGCCACAGGAGCCCGGGAUGCCUGCUCACACCUUAGGCAAAGCUUUGAAAAAGGACAGUCCUCUACCAGCCAAGAGGGUGUGGCCUGCACGGAAAAUAGAAGAGCUUGCUUCAGAGGCUGCAGGGCCUGAGAAGUUACAACCCAAUGGGAAGAGUCACCAUGCACAGGACAGCCUGACCCCGGGGAACCGAGGGAAAGGGCCUGUCCCAUCGCGGCCCGUAAAGGCUCCGUCUCCUCCUGAACCUCAGUUCAGGAAGCACGUCAAACACUUUUUCCAGUGGCUUUCUCCUGACAGAAAAGGCAAAGGACAGGAAGCAUUCCUGAAAAAGGAUGCUUCCCAGUCGUCAUUAAUGCACGACUCUGAAGUAAAGGGGAGAGCUACCUUUCCUGGGAACACUGUAGCUCAGAAAGCUACGAGAGACUUUGGGAAGGUCCCCAAGGAGCAACCAGGGCACAGGCAUGGUGCUGCAGAUACCAUGCGUCCCCGUGCGCCCUCAUCUCCGCCCUCCAAGCCUAUGAAAACUAAGCCGAAGAAAGAUUGGGUCCCGACAGAUCCAGUCCUGGGACGCCAGUUCCACUCCCAAGCAUCCCUCUCUAAAGUGCCAGGCCCCAGGUCCCACAACCAGGCCGCUGCUGCUUUCGUUGGUCAAAAGAGAGGCGUGGCAGAAAUGGCCAGACAGUCCCAGAAAUGUGAGGCUUUACAGCCUCGCCCACCCGUGUCCCAUAAAGAGUCAGAACUGCACCAAAAUCUCCUGAGUCGAGCUGGGAAAGUGCCUCGGGGGACGCCCCCCUUCGCUGUAGGAACGAUGUUGGCAGACAUGUCCCGGCUAUGUGAACAGAAAAUUCUGGCUCAGAAUUUCACUGGAAAAGGGCUGGUUCCCCAGAAAUCAUCCACCUCUUAACAGCACUCAGUACCCUCAAUAAAUGUUUUCAUGAAGUGA